AUGAAUGGGAAUCCAUCCAGCACACUUUUGUCUGGGAGCCCGUUCAGCGGUUCGCAAACCUUUGUUACUGACACGACGGCACCGGGGCUUGUGUCCUUUGGCAUUGACAUGGAGGCGGGCACAGUGGCACUGACGUUUGAUGAGAGCAUUGACAGCGUGAGUCUGCAGGCAACCGGCAUGACGCUGCAGACAGCCAUGUGGGCAAGCGGGGCCGCGUACUCGGCCAACCACACACUCACUGGCGGCAGUGUCACUGUGUUGUCGUCAACCACGCUGGAGCUUGCGCUGCUGACGGCUGACGUGCAGCGGCUCAAGGCCCUUGACCUGUGCCUGGGCGCCGCUGCCAACUGCACGCUGAGUGCCGCUGGCGGCUUUGUGCAGGACCUUGCGCUCUCGCCCAACGAGGCCCUGGCCAUCUCGCGCGCAGCCGCCCUCAACGCGUCUGCGAUUGUUGCUGAUGUGACCAGCCCGCGCAUCGCCGCAUUCACCCUCGACGUUGAUGUCGGCACGCUGCUUGUCACCUUCAACGAGCCCGUGCGUGGCGAGUCUUUCGACCCAACGGGCCUGACGGUGCAGGCCGCGCGCACGUCUGCGAUUGAGUCUGUGACGCUCACGGGCGGUGCUGUGUCGCUUGUGCGGGCAGAGGCUGGCGAUGUGGGCUCGCGCGUUGUGCGUGUUGACCUGCUGCAGGACGACACAGUGUCGCUCAAGCUGAACCUCAACCUGGCCACGGCACAGGCAGACACGUACCUGAGCGCUACAAACGCAACGGUGCAGGACAUGUCUGGGAACUGGAACGCGCCCGUGCCAACCAACGACGCGCGCCCCAGCUCCGUGUACCAGAGGGACGAGACGCCCGCGGCGCUUGUGUCCUACGAGCUGGACAUGCUUGCUGGCACGCUCUCUCUGACGUUCAGCGACGUCGUUGACGUGAGCACCCUGCGUGUGCAGAGCAUUGCGCUUGUCAAUGCCGGCACAAGCUAUGCCCUGCAGUCGAGCACAACAAACAGCACAGACGGGCUGUACGUUGUGAUUGACCUGUCUGUGGAGGACCUGCUGGGGGUGCUGCGUGUACCUGGCCUUGCCCGUACGCGCGACACGACGUUCCUGACCAUGGACGCCACUGCCCUCGACGACUUUGCUGGCCUGGAUGUUGCGGUUGUCACGUCUGACAGCCCACAGCAGGCAUUGGCGUUUGUCGCCGACACAGCUGCCCCGGCGCUUGUGUCCUUUGACUUCAACCUCACUGCUGGCGAUCUCGCUCUGACCUUCUCUGAGCCUGUCAACGCCAGCACGGUCGACUUCGCCCGCAUCCAGCUGCGCGCCGCUGCAAACGCAACCGACGCUGCCCUCACGCUGUCGCUGACUGGCGGUGCGCUGACGCAGAGCGCCGACGACCGCGUGCUGUACGUGCGCAUGACUGCAGCCGACUUCCUCGCCCUGCAGGCCAAGCGCGCACUGGCCACAAACGCCUCAACGACGUUUGUGUUUGUGGACGGGCUGCUGGACGACUACUUUGGCAACACGCUGGCGGCCGCGGAUGCGACUGCCCAGCAGGUGGCCGUGUUUGGCGAGGACACGCGCGCGCCGACGCUCGUGUCUGUCUCGCUUGAUCUUGAUGCGCGCACGAUGAGCAUGGUGUUCAGCGAGACGAUGGACAGUGCUUCAUUCGAGCCGUCCGUUGUGCGCUUUGCCUGCGGUAACGCUACGUCCUUUCGCUCGGGCACCCAUGCCACGCUGAGCAUUGCUGCGGCCGAGGCAAGCGCCAUCCAGGCCCAGGCCGGCGUGGUCAGCAACGUGCACUCGGUUGUCGUUCUCGUUUCUUCUGAUCUUGCUCAAGACACAGCUGGGAACCAAGUGCGCAGGAUGGCAGGAGUUGAGGUUCAAAUCGUACUUGAUCAGACCUCCCCGGCCAUCGCGUCGCUUUCAAUGGAUUUGAACAUCGGUGACAUGACAGUGCGCUUCGAUGAGCCCAUCAUGGAAGUGUCGCUGAACGCUUCUUGCAUCGCUGUUCAAUCACUUGUGAAUGCCAGCUUGCCUGCUGUGUUGCUCGCAAACUCGAGCGCAGAAACGCUCUACGGGCAGCAAGAGGCGUUAGUGACGCUUGGGCCGUAUGACUUGAACCAGCUGAAGGGCCUUGUUUGGAAAUCUGGAUCCGCCAACCUGUCAGCCCAGAUUUGUGUUGCUUUCGGAGUUGACCUUGCACAAAACCCGAGCGUUUCCAGGACUUUGAAUGUCACUGUCAGCUCCCUGGACGAGACCGCCCCAGAAGUUAUCUCCGCAAGCCUCAAUCUCACUUCCGGAAUAGUGCAGCUCGUCAUUGACGAGCCGGUCGUUGCCACAAGUCUGGACGUGACCAAACUUGAAGUGGGAGGUGGGAUCAGAGGGUCAGUCGUUCGUCUCAACGCGUCAACAUUACUCCAUGCACAAGACAGUGCACUGCGCACUGUUCUGCAGCUGCGCGUGCCGGAUCUCGUCUUGGACCAACUCAAGUUUUUGGUUGCUGGGUCCGAGGGUGACGUUGUCAUUGGCAUCGAAUCCGGCGCCAUGGUGGAUGCAAGUGACAAUGAGAUUCAAGCAAGCGUUGGGAACGACUCGGUUGCUUUCUCGCAGAUUGCGGUAGACACGGCGGCUCCUGCAAUCUCGGAGUUCCGGGUCAAUCUCAACGCAUCGACCAUCAGCAUCAGCAUGACUGAGCCAAUCGACGCCAGUGCAGGCAUCCUGACAGACAAGCUGCGGUUGCUGGUUGACAAUGUCCUUCUUUUGCGACCUCAGCGAAUGCCAGUGAGCGUCUCCAAUUAUGCGCGAAGCCUCACAUUCACGCUGUCGAGCGAUGACGCCAAUCUAGUCAAAGCAGCGCUCGCUCGCGCCGGGUUGGUAAGCACGAUCCAACUGACGGCUGAGCCAAGCUUCUGCGUCGACUUAUUCAGCAACGCGCUGCAGCGCAUCUCGACGCCUCUCAACGCAUCUGUGGUCGUGAGCGACGUUUCUGCACCCAACCUACUCCAGUUUGGCUAUGAUAACGGCCGUGGUCUGGUGCGGCUGCAGUUUUCUGAGCCGGUGGAUCUCUCGACUGUGAACAUCAGUGCAGCCGCUCUGACAAACGCCAAUGGGUCGUUCACUGUUGGCCUUGAGAACAGCACCAUACUUGGCUCCAACAAUAACACGUGGGUUACGUUGAAACUCGCAAACGCUGAACACUGGACCGUCCAGACGACAGCAGCAAUUGGCAGCGACGUGAACAGCACAUUCCUGCUCGUCCCGAAUGCAACCAUCGUGAAGGAUGUGUUUGGUAAUGCACUCGUUGCCGAGGAUUUGCGUGGCGGCGUUCGUGUACAAGCCACCUUCGUUGUGCCUGACACGGUGGCACCCUCGCUCGUUUCUGGGUCCUUGAACAUGGCAACUGGGGUGCUUCAGCUGAGGUUGUCAGAGCCAGUGAGCAUUGACUCGUUCAAUCUAACGCGGCUUGUGCUGCACAACAGCAAGAACCGCGAUGAUUCAACUGCAAAGCUGGUCCUCUCUGACAGUGUUGCAUUGCGCUCCGUCACUCAGCCGACUGAAGUCAAAGUGGCUUUGUCGCAGCGGGAGCUUGAUGCUGUCAAGGUUGACAGGACCCUCGCCGUGAACACAUCAACUGCAUGGUUCACCCUGGAAGCCGGUGCUGUUCAGGACUAUGCCAAGGUGCCAAAUGAACGCACGGAAGGAUUGCUAAUCGCUGAGCUUGUACCAGAUAGCGUGAAGCCGGUGUUGGUGGCCUCAUACUUGAACAUGACCAGCCUUGAACUUGCACUCAUCUUCUCUGAGCCUGUUGCUUCGCGUUCCAUCAACACCAGCCUCAUUUCGCUGGCGGGGGACCGAGGUGUGCCAGCGGCUCGCACAGUGACGCUUGCAGGAGCAAGUGUGGUGGGGCAGUUGCUCAGCCGGCGUGCUAUGAUCAACUUGCACGGACAUGUCGCGUUUGCGAUCCAGGCUGACCUUGGGGUUGCUACUUCGCGCAAUGAUUCGGUCCUGCGGUUGGCUGAGGGGUUUGUCAUCGACACGUCUGGAAAUGCGAUCGCUUUCCAGGAAGCUGUCGUCACUGACUUCACGCCGGAUGAGCGAGCUCCGCUGGCCACUGCUGCUGCACUUGAUCUUGACGCGCUCACGCUCAACAUCACAUUCGACGAGGUCGUCAGAACGUGCAACUUGACAUCCAUCUUUGUGUCUGAUGCAGAGAAUGCGAGCAGCGCUGGUCGCGUGCCGCUGGUGGGCAGCAAUGCCAGCUUCAGCUUGAAUAUCCUUCGAGUCGAACUUUCGCAGGCAGUGGCCAAUGCUCUCAAAUCACACGAGACGGUUUGCCGGUCGCCAACAUCGUGCUAUGUGGUACUUGGUCGCGGAAGUGUUGCUGACGCUUCCGAGAACCAAGUGGCAGACGUGCAGCCUGUGUUGGUGCUGCCAUACGUUCAGGACAGAACACCGCCAACAAUCACGGCGUUCGCGUUGGACGUUGAAGCGGGCGAGCUGCGCUUGCGGUUUGACGAGCCCGUCGACGUGUCCGCUGCAAACGCAUCACUGAGUAGCUUGAACAUGUCGCUGCAGAGUGUUCCCAGCGCGUCGUUUGCACCAUCGCCGCUCGUUGUGAACUUGCGCUCGCCCCUCUCUGUACAAGCUGUGGGUGGCCUGUUUGGUCAACGGUACGCCCUGGAGAUGAACGUGAGCAUUGCUCGCAGUGUGAUUGACGACGUGAAACGAGCCUAUCCUCUGGCCUCCUCGACGCAACAGACGUUCCUGGCUGUCGGCGGCGGUGCCUUUAGGGACGCUCGUGGAAACCCUUCAAACGCCAUCGAUGCGGAGAAGGCGCUCGUUGUCGAACGGUUGCAUCCAGACUUGGUGGCACCAGUUCUGCUUGCCACAUCAAUUGACUUUGCUGCUGAAAGCAUUGUGCUGACCUUCGAUGAGCCGGUAAACAGCAGUUCGCUGGCUCUCGCCGGAAUCUCAGCCAUUGGUGGCCUUGGCCGCGUUGCACUGCAGGUCACGGACGUGCAACCAGCGCAUGGAACUGUGGUGGUGGAGGCUACGUUAGCCGAUGAGAGCCUCGCCUGGCUGAAGCUGUCAGCGGUCGAACUACAGCAGGGCGGCGUCGCCGUGGAGCUGCGUACGGGUGCUAUUCGGGAUUGGAACGGUAACCAAGUUCGGCAGACUGCACAAGCGCUCAAACUGGACUCUGCAGACUCAACUGCAAGUCGGUUGCUCGCUUUCAAUGUGACGUGGACUGAUGAGAAUGUGGGGGUCACGCUCGUGUUUGAUGAACCAGUGAACACCACAACCCUUGGUCUGGAGAGCGUGCUGACGCUGAGCAACUGCUCCCGUGAUGGCAGCCAAAUUUCCACUGUUGUGCACGCAGCUGCGCUACACGGUGGUUUUGUCCCUGGUGGAAACGAGAGCAGCGCCGUGUUUGUGUCAGGUGCCAAUGCAACCUCCAUAAGGUACGAGCAAGAUGGCGUGGCCAUUGCCAUCGCUGACAGCAUGGCCGAAGAAAUGCAGUUUGCUCGUGUGUGCCUCGCACGAGACGCGUGUUGUUUGGGCCUGACAGCUGGGUUUGUCCAAAACCACUUCCGCGUUGCCUCGGCUCCGGUUUCGUUGAAUGAAACGGCUCGGCCCAGCGUACUUGAGCCCGACGUGUCCCGACCAACACUGGUUGGAUUUGUGGUUUUGGACUUGAACUCGCGGGAGCUUGUGUUGUCAUUUUCGGAGCCCAUGGAUGAGACCAGCCUGAACGCGACGCAGCUGAAGUUGGAGGGUGCUGCUUUCCCGGGUCACACGUCAGAUGUGCUGGUGUUGUCUGAACCAGAGCGAGUGGAUGUUGGAGCUUCAGGCACCCUGCUGACACUCACGCUCAGCCUUGAGGACGCCGCUGGCAUCAAGCUUCGCUCAUCGCUGUGUGUCUCCGCAGCAUCGUGCUGGCUGCGACUUAUGGAUGGGGCCAUCAUGGACGCAAGCGGAAACGCCGUCGUUGGGAUUGAGCCCAGCACCGCUUCGGAUCCAGAGCGGGACACCCCCCUGCUUGUCUUGGACAACACCGGUCCCAGUGUGCUCGAGUUCAGCCUGAACCUGGACGCAGGUACGUUCGGCGUGCGGUUUGACGAGCCGGUUGCCCGCGACAGCAUUGACUCUCGCCUGGGCAGCAUUUCCGCCAAUGGGAACUCAACUUCGUGGGAUGUACAGCUUCGAGGAAGUGUACUGAGCUCAAGUGCAGACCUGCGCAGCUUCACGUUGAGCCUUGAAGAGGGUGACGCAAACGGCAUCAAGGCGCUGGCGGCCGCGGGCCUGUGCACAACGCCAGCAUCUUGCUUCCUGAGAACCGACAAUGGAUUUGCUGCUGAUGUGUUUGGGAAUGACAACUCCGCUCAAAGCGCAGUGCCUGUUGGAACGCUCAUUGGAGAUGCGACCGGCCCCGAGUUGACUGAGGUUGCUCUGCUCGAUCUCACGCGCGGUAUUCUUGAGCUUGAGUUCAAUGAACCAGUCAAUGCGUCGAGCUUGGAUGUGUCAAGGAUCGUGCUGGUCAACGCGACAGCCGGUGGCAGUGCUCCCGCGAGCUUCGUGGGCAGUUUGCGCUUGUCUGAAGCCCCGCUGCGGGUGAGCUACCGCGAUGGUGCGACGAAGACCGGGCUCGUGGUUGCACUGUCCUCAGCACAGCUUGAGGCCAUCUCCACGCGACUGGACAUUGCCGUGUCUCAGGACACCUCGUAUGCAUUCAUGGAUGCGGGUGCUGUGCAGGACAUGGCAGGUAACCUCCUCGCAAACAGAACAUCUGCGCUUGCUUGUACCAGUUACGUCAGCGCAGGACGUGCAAGCAUUGUUGGUGUUGAGCUCGAUCUCGACGAGGGUGUGCUCAAGCUGACCCUGAGCGCCGCCGUUAGCGCGCAAAGCCUGAGAGCGGAGGAGCUCAGGCUUCAGAACGUCGGCGAUGCGGACGCCGCCACACAGGCAGGCACGCUGGUUUCGCACACCCUGCUGGCAGCCAGCUCCAACACGAACAGCCGUGACGGAUUCAGUGUCACGGUGAUCCUGGCUGAGGAGGACCUGAACGCGAUCAAGGGCCAGCGCGCCCUGGCAACCUCCCGGAACAACACGUUCUUGGUGGCGAGUGGCGAGGCGCUCACAGGAUUGGAUGGUGCUGCCAUCCUGGCGGUUGUUCGUGGAGCUGCACUUCAAGCCACACGCGUGGUAGCUGACGGAACACCGCCCGCGUUGGUCGGUUUUAACUUCAGCCGCGAGCUGGGCGUCAUUGACCUGUCAUUCUCCGAGGUUGUUGAUGUUGCCAUGCUAAACGCGAGUGCCCUCACCCUGACUGCGACCAACGCGACUGACACAGCCAGCUUUACAGUGCCCGCGGGUAGUCGGGUGUCAGUUCCAGCUGGUGCGAACGUGGGAUCCGGGGCACUGCAGGCCACCGUAAAGCUGUCAGAACAGGCCUUGUGGGCCUUGAAGACGACGCAAGGGGUUGGUGAGGCAAUCGCUUCCUCCAGAUUGGUGGCUGCGGCUGGCUUUGUCGCAGACAUGGCCGGCAACCGCAUGGUUGCGCUUGCACGACGCAGCGCACUAGUGGCCACGGCCUUUGAAGGUGAUGCCACUCCGCCCGAGCUGCUUUCGUUCAACCUGAACAUGACAGCCCUGUUGCUGACGCUGAACAUGUCCGAGCCGGUGCCGCGGGCGUCACUGCAGGAGCAGCACGUUGCGCUGCUUGCGAGUGCGACAGCUCCCAUCGGUGUUACGCUCGACGGCGGUGUUGUGGGCGUGGAGCUGUCCGCCUAUGACACAAUCGUCACAGUGAAACUGAGUGCCGAACUGGCGGACGCCAUCCACUCUGUGCCAGGCCUGUGCCUGAGCGCUGACAGCUGCUUCCUGUCUGCAGGGUCAGCGGCAGCGACAGACACUGCCGCGAAUGCGCUCGUCGCCACCACGGGGCUGAGAGUCUCGGUGUUUGCACGAGACUCGCGUGCGCCAGUGCUGCUUGGGUUUGAGCUGGACAUGACUGCGGAGGUGCUGGUUCUGACCUUUGACAAGGUGCUUAACACGACUGAGCUGGCCCGUCGGUACGUCACGCUGCCGUCCUCGGUGAUUCUGCAAAGCAAUGACACGGCGCUGACGCUCUCUGGGUCACGGGUUGUAGACGCCGGUGUCUCGCGGCGUGUCAACAUCACACUGAGCUCAAACGAUGCUUUCCAGGUGCAGUUGUCGGAUGGCAUCGGCCGAACAACGGCAGACACGUUCCUUGCAUUGAACGCUGGUACAGGCCUGACGGAUGUUAGCGGCAACGAGGUACUGGCCACAGGGGCGCUUCAGGCCAAGACCGUCCGGGCGGACACUCGCCGGCCGCGGCUUGUGUCGUACGAAGUCGACAUGACACUGGGAAGUCUGGUGCUGGUGUUCACUGAGCCCGUGCGUGUGUCGAGCGUUGACGCGACCGCGCUGACGCUGGUGGGCGCUGGUGGUGGGCGCAACGUGACCUUGCGUGGUGGCAACGUGCGUGGAGAUAACGGCCUACGCAUUGAGUUGCGCAUGACGCGUGGGGACCUUGACGCCGUCAAGGCCUCGGGUGGCCUGUUUGCCAACGCCAGCAACACCGGGUUGCUGAUGGCAGCACACUUGUGUGAUGACAUGGCUGGCAAUGCCUUGGAGCCCGUGCUCGCGCCCCUGCAGGCAAGUGCGUUUGUGCAGGAUGUCAACCAACCGCUGCUGGUUGAAUUUGACCUGAACAUGAACUCGCGGGUGUUGACCUUGGUGUUCAACGAGAGUGUGGAUGUGGGCACGCUGAACGUCAGCGCCAUUGUGCUUGAACCGAACUCGUCCUCGGCCGCCGCGGGCAGUGGACACCGCCUACAGGGUGGGCACGUGGCGGGGACGGACGUGCUGGCACGCCGGAUCGACGUUGCGUUGGAGAGCGCGGACGUGGAUGUGCUCACACAGAAGCGCAUUGCAGUUUCGCGUGAGCGAGCAUGGCUGUCACACGCAUCGGGGCUCGUGCAGGAUCGUGCCGGUCGACGCGCUGUUGCCCGUGGUAGCGAAGGCUCCGGCGUAAGCGCCCUGGGUGCGCUGCUGUGUGCCAACUUCACCACCGACACGACUGCUCCCGUGCUGGUUGAUUUCACGCUGUCCCUCACGAGCAACGAGCUGUGGCUGACGUUCUCUGAGACGGUCGUUGGAGCAAGUCUUGAUUUGUCCCGCGUAGUGCUGCAGAACGUUACAAACGCCACAGCCAACACGUUCCCCGUCGUGACCACCGUCACCACAGCAAACGGGCCAGUCCGAGUCGUCAGCGGCAAUGAAUUGCGGUUUGAGGCGGUGCGCCUGGGCAGCGGCUCACAAGUUGCGGAUGGGCAGCCGUGGGCGUUCCCGGUGCUGCGCGUCGAGCUGGCCUUUGAGGAUGUGGAGCGUCUGCGCGCGAGCCUGUCGCUCGCCGUGUCACGGGAGAGCACAUUCUUGCGUUACGACGCGGAAGCCUUCUCCGACGUGUUCGCGCAGAGGGCUGGUGCGCUGACGGCCGACGAGGCAGCUGCGUGCGGUGCAUUUGAGCGCGACGGCGUCGCCCCGCGCGUUGUUGCGGUCGGCGUCGACUUGAGUCAGCGCGGCCAUGCCAACGUGACGCUGGAGUUCUCGGAGACGGUGGACGUACAGUCGCUUCAAGUGACCGCAAUCUCGUUCCUCAAUAUCACGACUGGUGCUCUGGAUGCUGGUGCCGUGACGUUGCGGCGUGCAGGCACAGGCGUGCAGCAGGAAGGGGGCUUCAUCCUCGCCGGGUAUGGUCGGCACGUGUCGCUGUCGCUGUCGGCAGCUGAUUUGCAGGCGCUGCAACUGCGCCCGAGUCUCGUUGCAACGCAGAACAGAACGUUGGUGCAGGUCGCGGCCGGCGCGGUGACUGACACGGCCGGUAAUGCCAUAUCUGCGACGGAGGCGUUCGUGCCUGUGGUGUUCCUGUCAGACGAGAGCGGGCCCGUGCUGGAUGCGUUUGAACUCGACAUGGACGACGGGGUUCUGGUCCUGACGUUUGACGAGGUUGUCGCGGUAGACACAUUUGAUGUCAGUGCCGUCGUGCUGCUUUCGAACGCGUCGGUUGAUGUCGUCGACCGCGAUGGUCGCGCCACGUCCAACGAGACGUGGUUCCGGUUGACACCAGACAGCGAGGCACACGGUUGGUCUGGCAGUUCGUUGUCGGCUGAUUUGCUUUCCACGCAGAUUGCCGUGGUGUUGGGCGCUGAUGAUCUGAACGAGCUCAAGGCCCGACGCAGUGUGGCCUCGAAUGCUGCGACAAGUGUGCUUGUCUUGGCUGCUGGUGCGGUUGCGGACGGUUUUGGCAACACCAAUGAAGCCAUCCAUGCCACGCGCAACCUGCAGCCAGCUCGGUUUGUGGCUGAUGUCACCGGCCCCGUGUUGCGGCGGUUUGCGCUGGACAUGAACGAGGCGCUCCUUGAGAUGACAUUUGACGAACCCGUGCUUGCCUCAUCGCUGAAUGCAAGCCUGCUGGUUAUUCAGGGGGUGGCGAACAGCGCGCUGGCUGGUGCGACGCAGUUGCGACUGGGGACCAACGGAACCAAGGUAUCCUACGGCGCAACCGCCCUGGUGCUGAGGAUGGCGCUUGCAGACGCCGACGUGUACCUGCUGAAGGCGCGUGGCGGCUUGGCGACUGCACGAGCAUCGACAUACUUGCGUGCGGAUGCUGGGUUUGUGCGUGACACGGCCAGCAACGCUGCUGUGGGGACGCCCCAUUCCACGGCCCUUGGUGUGAGCAGCGACUUUGUUGCAGACAGUGUGCCACCAGCCCUGCUCCGCUUCACGUUUGACCUUGACAGUGCUGUGGUGCAGCUGACGUUCUCGGAGCCUGUUGCAUCGGGAACGCUGGAUGCCACGAAGAUGUUUGUUGCAGGCGCACCGCUGAGCACGGGCGGUGACACCGGAUACCGUGCAGCUAGCGAGACUGCCGGAGCAGAGUACGUGGAGAUGCACGUGUUGCGGGUGGACCUGACUGGGGCGUUUAUUGGGACGCUGAAACUGGACGCUGCAGUUGCAACCGCGCAGGAGAACACGUGGCUGGUUGGUGAGCGUGGCUUUGUGCGAGACAUGCAAGGCAACCAGGCUGAUCCCGAGGCUGGCGUAAUGGCUGCCGGCUACCAUGGGGACGAUACCAGGCCAAGCGUUGCAGGCUACGUCAUCGACAUGACGUCUGGCAUGCUGACCUUGACAUUUGACGAUGUUGUGAAUGCCCGUUCAUUUGAUCGCAGCGGACUGAGUUUUGUGCCGUUUUCUGAUGAGGGCCAGAGCGGUGGUGGUGGUACGGAUCAGACCUCGGUCGUCGCCUUGGAGCCAUAAGCUUCAAGUUGAUGACUGAGCCCAUCCUUGUGUGGGGGGGGAUAGUGUGGGUGGGUGUGUUGGAGAUGGUGGCGAGGGAGAGAGAGGGGGAGAUGUGUGUGUGUGUGUGUGUGUGUGUGUGUGUG